GCUGUCAUUUUCGUACGGCUAACGCCGCUGUUGGCGUACAAAAUUUUAAGUAUAUUUGUAAACGGUUCCGAGAACUUUACAAAUUCGCAAAACAUGCUAGUUAUGCGGAAUUGAUUGAGCGUCAAAUAUAAAGAACAGUCUGGAACUAAGAAACGGUCUUCAAUAUGAAUGGGCCACCUGCAGCUGUGCCUGUGCCGCCUGCAAUGGGUUACCCGCCGUCAAUUGUGCCACAAUUUAGUAUUCCGCCUCCGGGUUUCGGUGCACCUCCAGCUGAAAUUGUUGCAUUUGGUGGUGCAUUACCUACUACCGAGUGGACUGAACAUAAAGCACCGGACGGGCGUCCAUAUUAUUACAACAAUACAACAAAGCAAAGUUCUUGGGAGAAACCCGAAAUAUUAAUGUCGCCCGCUGAACGUAUUAUUUAUCAAUGUCCUUGGAAAGAAUAUCGUUCAGAUGUAGGCAAAGUGUACUUUCAUAACAUUAAAACAAAAGAAUCAUGUUGGGAGGCGCCUGCUGAAUAUAUUGAAAUGCAAGCGAAAGUUAAGGCUGAAGAAGCUGCUGUUGCUGCUAAGGCUGUGGCGGCGCUAACUUCUUCAACGUUAGUGGGAAUAAUGCCACCUGCUGCGCUUGCUAACAUUAUUCCUGCUACGUUACCUACGGUUAAAAAACCAAUUACUCCUGAUAUACAUUCUCCAUUAACCCCAGGUAGCAAUGAAAACUCUUCGUCAGCGUUAGAUCAAGCAAUGGCUGCAACAUUGGCAGCGAUUCAAAUUCCAGAGCCAAGUCCUGAACUAAAAGAAGAUAAAAAAGAUAUUCCAGCUGAAAAAACAAAAAUUGUGUUUAAAGAUCGUAGAGAAGCAAUAGAUGCCUUUAAAGAUUUACUGCGUGAGAAGAAUAUACCAUCCAAUGCCAACUGGGACCAAUGCGUCAAAAUUUUAUCAAAGGACUCUAGAUAUAGUGCCUUUAAGAAUUUAAAUGAAAAGAAGCAAACUUUUAAUGCGUAUAAAACUCAAAAAUUAAAAGAUGAACGAGAAGAAUCUCGUUUACGCGCAAAGAAAGCAAAAGAAGACUUGGAACGCUUUCUUAUGACUACUGACAAAAUGAAUUCGCAAAUGAAGUUUUAUAAAUGUGAAGAAGAAUUUGCAGCUAAUAGAAUUUGGACAAGUGUUCCGGAACAAGACAGGCGGGAUAUAUACGAGGAUUGUGUAUUUAAUUUAGCUAAGCGCGAACGGGAAGAUUCGCGUCAACUUAAAAAACGAAACAUGAAGGUGUUAAGUGAACUUCUAGAGUCAAUGUCUUCUGUUACUUAUGGAUCUACAUGGUCUGAAGCACAAGUUAUGCUAUUAGAAAAUGCUUCUUUUAAAAAUGAUGUUAAUUUGUUGGGUAUGGAUAAAGAAGAUGCUUUAUUAGUAUUCGAAGAACAUAUACGUAAUUUGGAAAAAGAAGAUGAAGAGGAACAAGAACGUGAAAAGAAACGCCUCAAACGACAACAACGUAAGAAUCGAGAUGCGUUCAUUAAUUUACUCGAUCUUUUACACGAAGAAGGAAAGCUGACAUCGAUGUCGCUUUGGGUAGAAUUGUAUCCUGUAAUAUCUUCAGACCUUAGAUUUUCAGCAAUGCUUGGGCAACCGGGCUCUACUCCACUCGACUUAUUUAAAUUUUAUGUUGAAGACUUAAAAGCUCGCUUCCAUGAUGAAAAGAAAAUUAUACGUGAAAUACUCAAGGAGAAAGAAUACGUUGUGCAAACAAAUACUACAUUUGAAAAUUUCGCAACGGUUGUUUGUGAAGAUAAACGUUCAGCGAAUCUAGAUGCUGGCAAUGUGAAAUUGACAUAUAACUCACUUUUAGAAAAGGCUGAAACGGCAGAAAAAGAACGCGUCAAAGAGCAAACGCGCAUUCGUCGUAAAUUGGAAAAUGACAUUAAAACCGUUUGGUUAGAAGCUAAUUUAAAUAUAAAUGCAACAUAUGAGGAGGCAAAGAAAUUGGUGGAUCAUUUAGAUACAUCUUCUCAUGUUGAUAAGGCAACUGAGGUACGACGUAUUUGGGAAGAGUAUGUUAAAGAAAGUGAAGAUGCUUGCAGUCAUCAUCAUGUUCGUCCUAAAAAAUCUAAGAAGAAUAAAAAGCAUAGAAAGAGAACUUUGUCUAGCUCGAAAUCUGAUAUUGAAAAUGAACAAUCAGAUGUGGAGCGCGACAAAGUUAAGAAAGUUAAAAAAUCCAGAACAAGAUCGCGCUCACAAAACUCAAGCGUUGAAGUUGAGAAUGAAAUUGUUAAGAAAAAGAAAAAUAAACGAAAAAAUAAGGCUUUCUUUAAAUCGAGCUCGUGUGAAUCCGAUUUAGGAUCGUUUACCGGUUCCCCAUCAAUUAUACAAAAUGAUGAUAUAGUUAGUGCUAAUUCUAAGAAAAAAAAGAAAGAGAAAAAGAGUAAAAAGGACAAGGAAUCACGAAAACAUCAUUACCACCGACGAUCAGUUACACCGUCUAGUCCUGCAGUCAGUAAUUCAGAUAAUACAAGCUCGCACAAUGGUGAUGAUCAAGCGCUCAGUGAAACUGAAUUGGAAUCUAAACGUGCAGCCCUUUUGGCUCAGCUAAAAGAACAAAUGGAUGAAUGACAUGCCAAAAUUCUCAAAUAAUAGCACAAUUUUAGAAUAUUGAAUCAAAUAUAAGACGUUUUGCAUCAAAAGCCUACUCCAUCAAUGAUGGGAUUACACAUCUAGAACCGAAUUGUUCGCAGUUUCAAACAAAGCUGAAAAAAGUGUCCCAAAUGCCUUUUUUUUUUUUUUUUUUUAAUUUUUAAUUACAAUUUUGAAUGUAAUUAUUUGUUCUUUAAUUAAGCAUUUAUUGAUUCUUAAUUUUAUAAAAAUACAUUCGAUUUCAAAAACACGCUCCAAAACCCUUUCGAGUAUUUUAGAUGUUAGUGAAGACAACGUACUCCUGUGCUUUCGUUAUUUUAUCAGCGAUAAGUAAAACAAAUAUCAUGUCGGGAAUGCAUAUUCAUUGAAGAUGUUUUUGCAACAACAUAUGGAAAAGUUUUCAUUUGUAUAUCUUAACUUCAAUAUAUAUACUUAUGAAUGUAAAUUUUUGUAUGUUAAUAUUUUUUAUUAAUUUAAAACUUAAAUACGAAAUAGCUUUUAAACACUAACGAGGACAUAUUUUAAAAUAUAAGAAUUAUGACAAAUAAAAGUACAAUCUAAAAAAUAAUUUAUAAACGGCAUUUUAUUAUUUUUAUUCAAGUUUAAUUAAUUUGUAUUCAGGUUCUGAGUUUUUUUAUCAGUCAAGGCUUGGACCGCCUGGAGCGCAAAUUGCGCAGAUUACUUGAUUAAUCGCGCUCGUUAACAUUUCUUUUCAAACAGUUUGAUUUCCUUUUUAUGUUAAAAUCGCAUUACCACUGGC